ACACGAAUGCACAAGACACGCACAAACAUGCACGACGUCAAGUCUCUGUCCGACCAACCCACCCAGCUAAAAAGAUGGGCGUGUGAGCGUGUGCAUGCGUUGGCAGGUGGCCGGCCGAUGUUGACGAAACUUGCCUGGGUGAACAAGGGGGAGGGCCCUGUGCAUGCUUUUGUGUUUCCGCUGUUUGUCCCCCUCACACCCUCUCUCACAUACUCACUCCCCCUGUGGGUGUGUCGAUGGACGGAUGGCGUCUCCCUGUGGCUGAGUGGCUGGGGAGUGCUUUGAGUGCUUGUGAAAAGGAGUGCAGACAUUGCAUGUCAAAAAGGAUGGCAGAUAAGUACAGGUCCUACUAUGAUACAGAUGCCUAGCUAUGGUACAGAUGACUCAGUCUGGUUUUCUUUCAGCUGCCACAGAUACAAGACACGCCGACAGGCAGAGACGUGGUGGAUGCCAUGGAUAAAGACCAAAGACUAUCGAUACACAAAUAUAGUAGAGGGUCGCUGACAGAUACGUACUGGAAGGUCACUGUCUUGUCACUCUGGUCUUGUCUCACACGAAUGAACUGCUUUUUUGAAGUCUUGAGUCGUUGAUGGAGUCAACGGGAUCCUGUGAGACAGGUCGCAGUGUCGUAUGUCUUCCACUUUUUCAUUUGCCUUUGAAGGCCGCCGUCGCCGUCGCCUCGUGUUCUGUUCCCGCUGAAGCUGGCCCAGUCGUCUAACAAGGGCCACAAGGAACUGGCGAAUGCCCUCACGGCUCAAGCAAUCCCUGUGAAGAAGAACGCAACAGUAGUGAAUGACUAGCAUCCAGAGGGCAAAGGCUUGCACUAACCACGCGAAUCUGUGGCCGACCCAGGCUAUUUGCCGCGCUACUGCAUCGUUCUUUUGGAACCACUGCACUUGCCUCUGUAGAUCACGUGCGCUCGAGAACGGAACCAGAAGCAGUCGCUUAAGCGGUGAAUCGUAGAAUUGAGACCCAAGGAAAUUCAGCUGAUCCUGGAACACGACAGCGCCACUCAGGAGAGAGAGGCGCAGCCGGUGAGACCACGGGCCAAACUGCGCCACAGAGAAAUGGACAGAGAAUAAGGUAUUUUGCGUGUGUAAGACACAUUGUUCACAUCCUGACCCCUGAUAGACGAUACAGGACGCGUUGGCCAUGGGGGAGAAAGAAAGAUUGAGUGUCUUACCGACAAGGUCCAAGUGAUAUUUGUGUGUCAGUAGCUGCCUUUGCCACUCAGCCGAUGACAUCUCGGCAGCGCGACAGAUAUGAGACGCUUUGCAGCCCAGCUUGCUGCAGCCAACAACGAGAGAGAGGCAUAGCAGUGUCAAGAAGGAUGGCCUACGUCUGUCCUACCGCUGCAGCUCAAGAGCUUUGCCGGUGCAGUUCUUGCCGGGUGUUUUCGGAUUGUCGCCGUCGGCGAUAUAGAAGGCAUCGGACAGCGCUGGAUCGAGAACACUCAUCUCACAGGCCAGCCUCACACGCGACUCAUCAGUCAUCCUGGAACACCAGCAAGAAGUCGCAACUCACACAAGUCGAGUUCUACCUUCCGACGAAGAAGACGGCCUCACGCUUGCCGCCCCACAUGCGCUUCCAUAUCUCCUGGGACAUCCCAUUGUCUGCCGAUCCAGUCAGAUUCGUCCGAAUCCAUGUCUCCUCAUCGUUAUUAUACUGAAAGUAGGGUAGUGCAGGUAUGUCCCACGUGUGGGCAGGAUACGACGAGGUCGACAGCAGCAGUCCAUUCGGAAUGCCACCAUCGGGGCCUCCGACAGGGAGAUCGGAGGCAAAUUCCAGAUCAAAGCCUCCUGUUCUGUUCCUGGUUGCAACAAGGUCUUGAUCCUUUGAUGCGCACAGGUUGAAUGCGUUUUUCGACGCACUCGUUCGCCUGAAAUCAAGAGGAUAGUGAGAGACCACAGUGCCGAAACCAGCGAAAGGAAAUACCACACACUUUACCACAU